GCGACUCCAUUCUUGACAUCGCCCGCGACGCCCUGCUCCUCCAUCCACCCACCCACCCUUCACAGGAAUCAGACCUCUUGUCCUUCACGUUGCAACAGCUCCGUAGAUCCGGCGCCGAAGGCAGGGACCUGAUCUGCGGGACUAGUAGAUUGGGUGGACCUUAAAAGAGCGCAUGGCGGCCUGAUUGUCACUGCGACAGGAUCAAGCGAAGGGCCAAUCACUUCAAAGGGAGGCAAUCGGGGGCGUGUUGAUGAAGUUGAAGCAUAUGGGAUGUAGUGUUGGUGUUGUACCGAAAGAGGUCGCGGUCUAGUCGCAGUGCGUUGUGGUGCUAGCGCUCAAUAGCAGCUCUGAAGGGUGAGGUCGUGGGGGAGAGAGAGCGAGAGAGGUGGGGGAAGAAAAGCUGAUUUGGAAACUAGAAGAAGGAUUGAGAGAUUGUUGGGAAGAAUUGGUGGUUUGUUGCAUUGAGUGACAUGGGUAUCAUGGUGCGUGAAAGAGCUCAGGAGGUGCCCUUGAUGGAACAGAAGCGGGACAAUUAUGUCUGCGGGGAGCUCCAGCCGGAGCCGCAGCUCCCCAGUGGUUGGGAAAAAUGCCUUGACUUGAAGUCUGGUCUCAUCUACUUCAGGGAUUGGAAUUCAUCGACGCUGACCUACAGAGACCCACGCCAGGCGGUUCCACCUCCCGUGCAGCGCAUCGGACUGUUGUCUAUCUCUCUCUUGCCCGACGACAUCACCGACGCGAAAUUAUCUAGCAAUGCUGGCGAAGGCUUUGGAAAGAGGUUCAAGGGGAUUGCGAAAACCGACCUAAGCGGACAGCCGGCGAGGCUCUCCUGGGGGCUCUCUACGGCGCAGAUAACGAGUCAGGGUGAUUCAUCAGAUCGCGAGACUACUUCACUGAGCAUGGACGAAGUAAAUGACCAGUCUUUGGAAUUGACGCUCAAUCUGCCGGGGACCACUUCCAGGCCCACACCUUCCAACCAAGAGGAUAGCGUGUGCACCGUGGAGAAGGUGCGCAGCGCGCUCGAGAGGUCGCAGUGGUUGAGUGCUGCGCAGCUGCCAAAGAAGAGGCCAGCUUGCAGCUCCGGACACAAGCUCUCAGACACUCUGUCCACGGCACUGUCACUCUUGUCUUCACAGGCCUCGACCUCUCGAGAGUCCAAUUCAUUCGGACCACCGUACUCCACAAGUUCCAAGUCUUCGUCGCAAUCUACUUCGCAGUGCUCCUCAGAGGGAUUCACAUCGCCCUCCGCCAUGAGCUAUCAAGGUGAUGACGAAGAGGUGCAACAACCGCGCACUUGCGGCGACUCAAACGUCACGAGCCAGCAGGCUUCAUCCCGAAAGCACCAAGUCCCCGAGAAUGGAGAAGUGAUGGUAACGGUUGGAUGCAAGAGCUGCCUCAUGUACGUGAUGCUCUCCAAGUCGCACCCCAGCUGCCCAAAAUGCGGGAACGCUGACGUGCUCCUUGAGCUUCCCUCUAUCAUUUACCCCUCUUUGCCCAAGAAGCAACGGAUGACCCUCGACAGUCCUACUUGGAGCUGGUGCACCGCUUGAGUUCCACAUCUUUUGCUUCAAGACACUCAGAAUCAGUCUUCUCUGAUACCGGAUUUCGUUUAACAGCCAGUUAGUGAUCGCCCAUCGAAAUCAACAGCUGAUUCCAGGUAUCAUGUCAGAUCAUGCGAAGACGGUUAAGUUCCCCCAGUCCAGAGCGAGAAAAGGAGUAGAAUUGGAUUUUCUCGGGAGAUGAAAGAGCUCUUCGCAGUCGCUGCUUCCUCGCCGACUCUUUGGCGGUGUUAUCAGUCCAGGUCGAGCCUACUGCAAUGAAGUCUUUGCAGUCUCCGCUCACUUAUCUCGGAGACUCGCGGACACUCCGGUGGCUAGCUCUCGACAGCCUCAAGUCCCGCAAGUUUCCGAAACUUGUAUAUUAGUACUCUUACAGGAUUGUGUAGUUUGUGUUCCUGCGUUAGAUUAUACAGCAUCGACCAGAAUGGUCAGUAUAGGUGUUACAGAUAAUUGGAGUCUCUCAGCUUCCGUGACAAAAUCGCUUUUAGAGAAUUUAAUUCUAGAGAUAUUCUUUUAGGCUUGGCUAUUUAAGCCAGACAAUACAACUGAUCACAAGUGUGCUCAACCCUUUCGUCAGCUCGGUUAGGAUUGAUUCAGAUUGCCACUAUUUCCCAUGGUUCCCGAACAUGGUUUGUAUAUGACGUUAUUUUCGCCUACUUGCCUUCCCGUGAAGUACAUGCCCACACACACAAGUUACUUUCACCAUUAA